UUUCUUAACAAAAAAAAUCACAGCUAUAUUCCAGCCUGUUUAUUUCUCAUCAAUCUUCCAUUUUAAUAGCUUUCUCCAAAAAUCCCUUCUUCUUCCACUCCAAUUCUCUCUUAAACCCUAAACUUGUUAGGGUUAGUGUUAAGAGUUCCUUUGUUCUUACGCUCUCUCUAAUUAACAUUCACCGAUAAUUCAAUCUUAUUGAAUCCAAUGGAUCCGUGCUCUUUCGUACGUAUCAUCGUCGGGAAUUUGGCGGUUAGGUUUCCGAGGUCAUCGUCGUCAUCGUCUUCGUCAUCGGGACCGUCUGUUUCGGAUGUAUCCUCCGGUAAUUGCUAUUGUAAGAUCAAAUUCAAGAGUUUCCCACGCCAGAUUGUUUCUGUUCCCGUUCUGUUACGAACCGAAUCGGAGUCAGAGUCUCGGUGUUGCUCCGGUAACGUCUCAACCGUCGCUGCUUGCUUUAGUCUAAGCAAGUCUCAGAUUGAGACGUCUCUUAAGAAGCCCAAAUGGAGUGUUCUCUCCGUCGAGGUUUACUCUCGCGGUGGUGCGUCGUGUGGAUUCGUCGCUGCUUCCGGUGAGAAGCUGAUUGGUCGGUUUGAGGUUACGCUUGAUUUGAAGGCGGCGGAGACGAAGACGUGUUUCGCACACAACGGCUGGGUUGAUUUGGGCACUAAAUCGAAAAAUAAGAAGAAGUCCGAGUCGGAUCCGGAGCUCCACGUUAGCGUACGGGUUGAACCCGACCCGAGAUUUGUGUUUCAAUUUGACGGCGAGCCUGAGUGUAGUCCUCAGGUUUUUCAAGUUCAAGGAAACACAAAACAAGCUGUUUUCACUUGCAAGUUCGGGUUCAGAAACUCCGGUGACCGCAAUCUUAGUCUCAGCUUAUCGUCGUUGACGAGUGGAAAGGAACAGUUUUUAAAAGAGAGAAAAGGUUGGUCGAUAACGAUCCAUGAUCUAUCUGGUUCACCAGUGGCUAUGGCUUCAAUGGUCACACCUUUCGUACCAUCUCCUGGUUCCAACCGCGUGUCUCGGUCUAAUCCUGGAGCUUGGCUAAUCCUCAGACCUGAUGGCUACACCUGGAAGCCAUGGGGUCGCCUUCAAGCAUGGCGUGAGCCAGGCGUCUCCGACGUUCUAGGUUACCGUUUUGAGCUUUAUAAAGACGGUAUCGCCAUUGCAGUCUCUGCUUCAUCCUCGAUCAGCACAAAAUUUGGCGGGAGUUUUAGCAUUGACGGAUCCACCGCUACAACUACGACUAGGACUGCUUCUUUGAGUAGCUCUGAAGGAAGUUUCGAUCUUUCUUCCUGGUCAAGCAUCAGAUCAUCAAGAACUGAUUCAGGAUCCGGGUCGGAUUUCAGGUUCUCACUGUCCCAAGCGCAACAAAACUUGGGGUUUGUGAUGUCGACGAGGGUGGAAGGAGUGGAGAAACAGAGCAAGCCUAAGGUGGAGGUAGGUGUGAAGCACGUGACUUGUAGGGAGGAUGCGGCGGCGCACGUGGCACUAGCAGCGGCGGUGGAUCUAAGCAUGGAUGCUUGUAGGCUCUUCUCUCAUAAGCUAAGAAAAGAGCUGAGACAGCUAAGUCGUGUAGAUGUCGUUUGACGUUUAUUGCUUUGUCGUUUUAAUACAUGAGAUAGAAUUGGCAGUUGUCUUCCACUCACUAGGUUUUUUUUUUGUUUCUAGUGGGGGAAACUUGAGUAAAGUCGAAAAGUAUUUUUGAAUUUUAUGUCAAAGUUUGGACUUUCGAGUUUGGAAUUAACAGGCUUUUGUAAUAACUUUCUCUCUCAGAGAGAGAAGGCGAUUUCCGGUGUACCGGAAUUAUUAACCGGAAAUUCUAAAAAGCUUCUAUUCCUUAUCCAUCUUAAAUCUUUCAGAGUGGAGAAGUUUUCUUUCGGUUUUGAUUUCGGACUUCACCGGAAUUGUACAUAUUUUCGUUUUUUGAACGAACUAAAUAAUUUCCGGCUUUUGUCGGAAUUCUCAGUACCGGCUCUGUCCGGGUUUUGCUUCUCGCACUAGCGAGAUUUGAUCUCUUUUCUCUAAGCCCGUUAUUAUCUCCGCUUUUCUUCAAAAUUCUCUCCGAUCCUUCCAAUCUUUUCGAGGAGUAAUAUCUUCAUCAAUUCCUUUUGCUCAAAGAAGAAAGAGCAAAGAUCUGACCACAUCAAGUUGGGUGUGGCUAAUGAUGGAGCUUCCCCGGAGAUAGUGAUGCUCGGAUGAAUUUGAAGCUAUUUUUCUCAUUCGAUCCGGAGAUUUCUUGACGUUUGGCUAGGAAUUGAGAUCGGCAGAAAGCAAGAGGAUUCUCAUUGCUUCAGAGCUGAUCGGCGGUGACUAAUCGGCGAUCCAGCGAUGUCCGGCGACGUUGACGAUGCUGCUCCACGGCUUGACGCGUAGCUUCGAGAAGAUCACAUAUCCCACACGUGUCAAUUUCUAAAUCUUUUGUGCUUCAAUAUUUUAUUUUCUUUAAUUAAGAUUUAGUUAGGGUCUGGGCUUUAUUUUCGCUGUAAUCCUCUAUAUACUGGGCUUUCUGUAACUUGUCCAUUUGGGCUAUAUCAAUGAAUCUAAAUGGCCGAC